ACACGCAGCGCCAGUUUGCUGCCUCUCACACACACACAGCAGAGUCAUGGGGAAGACAGGUGGAAGAGGCGACUUUGAAUGGGUCUACACUGACCAGCCGCACACCUCCAGGAGAAAGGAGAUUUUAGCUAAAUACCCACAGAUCAAGUCUCUGAUGGGUCCAGACCCCCAGUUAAAGUGGGUGGUAUCAGGCAUGGUUCUAACCCAGCUCCUGGCCUGCUACCUGGUCCGCGACCUGUCCUGGAAGUGGAUCUUCUUCUGGGCUUAUGCCUUCGGAGGCUGCAUCAACCACUCCCUGACUCUCGCUAUCCAUGACAUCUCUCACAAUGUGGCCUUCGGCAACAAGCUGGCGAAGUGGAACCGCUGGUUUGCCAUGUGGGCCAACCUGCCCAUUGGACUGCCCUACUCUGCCUCCUUCAAGAAGUACCACGUCGACCACCACCGGUAUCUGGGAGGGGACCAGCUGGAUGUUGACAUCCCUACAGACCUUGAAGGAUGGUUUUUCUGUACCCCUGCUAGGAAGGUCCUCUGGCUCUUCCUCCAGCCAUUUUUCUAUGCCCUGCGUCCAUUAGUGGUCAAUCCUAAACCAGUUGGUCAGCUGGAGAUCCAGAAUGCACUAGUUCAGCUUAUAGUAGACCUAAUUAUCUACUAUUUAUGGGGGUUGAAGCCUAUUGUUUACCUAAUUGCAGGGUCUAUCUUGUGCAUGGGACUACAUCCUAUCUCUGGACAUUUCAUAGCUGAGCAUUACAUGUUUCUGAAAGGACAUGAGACUUAUUCUUACUAUGGACCACUGAACUUGAUCACCUUCAAUGUCGGGUAUCACAUGGAGCACCACGACUUCCCCAGCAUACCUGGCAGUAAACUACCUCAGGUUAAGGAGAUAGCAGCAGAGUAUUACGACUCUCUGCCCCAACACACUUCCUGGAGUCGGGUUUUAUGGGACUUUGUGUUUGAUGACAGCAUCGGACCCUAUGCUAGAAUCAAAAGGGAGUACAAGCUAAACAAGAAGGAAUAAAUCUGACAAUUAGAUUUUCUACUAAACAGAAAUGUGAAUUUAAUUUGUUAAAAAUCCAUUUACUUCAAAGAAAAGUCUUCAUAUUCUUUCAGUUUUUUCCAUGCAGUGUACAUAGCGUGUUUGACAUUUUCAUCUGUGUUCAGUUACUGCAUGGUAAAUGAAUGUUCACUUUUUGAGUGCAUAAGUACACCAUUCAUACAGAU